CGCAGGUUGUUGGUGAACACGGAACUACAGUUUCUGCUGCGCUGCUCCAUCUCUGCAGACAGGAGAGAGAAACAGACUCGAAACACCGAGGAACACAUCGACAUUUCUGACUGAGAGGUGUCCUGUGUCGACAUUAAUGAUGUUCCGCUUGCGGGCGUUGUCCGCAGUUUCGGUGGGGCUUGUGCAGCUGUCUCGGCGCUACCACAGUGGUGCAGUGCGAGGGACUGGCCGCAGGAGGCUGAUGCUCGCAGCCCUUGCUGGGGUCACUGGUGUGUCUGCCAGCGCUGGGCUGCUCUGGAAAAGAGCCCACACGGAGGCAGGGCCAUCCGUCAUCCAUCACUGCGAGGUACCAGAAGCAGAAGCGGACAGUUUUGUGAAGGAAACGGAUCCCAAGACGGAGUCUGAGAGGUCAGUCGAGGCCAGCAGCGGAGACGAGGAAUCGGCGGAUGAUGGAGGCGAGGGGAAAAAGAAGAAGCCGCGCUCUGGAUUUCGUGACCGCAAGGUGAUGGAAUAUGAGAACAGGAUUAGAGCCUAUUCAACCCCAGACAAGAUUUUCCGCUACUUUGCCACGCUGAAGGUCAUCGGUGAGAAUGGCGACGCUGAAGUUUACAUGACGCCCCAAGACUUCAUACGCUCCAUCACGCCCAACGAGAAGCAGCCUGAGAGUCUGGGCCUGGAUCAGUUCGCUGUGAAGCGCUAUGACGGCAAGGACUUCUGGCAGACGGAGAAGAUCGCCCAGGAGAGGGAGAAGUUUGCAGACGAGGACAGUAUCUUUUUCACUCUGGGGGAAUGUGGCCUUAUCUCCUUCUCCGACUACAUCUUCCUCACCACCGUGCUGUCCACUCCUCAGAGGAACUUUGAGAUCGCCUUCAAGAUGUUCGAUCUGAACGGCGACGGAGAGGUGGAUCUGGAGGAGUUUGAUCAGGUCCAGAGCAUCAUUCGCUCUCAGACCAGUAUGGGGAUGAGACACCGCGACCGCUCCACCACAGGAAACACCCUGAAGACGGCCGGCUGCAGCUCGGCUCUCACCACCUACUUCUUCGGAGAGGACCUGAAGGGGAAACUCACCAUCGGCAGCUUCCUGGAGUUUCAGAGGAAACUGCAGCACGAUGUGCUCAAACUCGAGUUCGAGAGGAACGAUCCAGUGAGCGGCAGGAUCACAGAGAGACAGUUCGGCGGUAUGCUGCUGGCCUACAGCGGCGUCCAGUCCCGUAAACUCAAGCAGAUGCAGAAGGGCUUGAAGAAGAUGUUCAAGGAUGCGCAGGGCAUUUCGUUUGAGGAGGUGGAGAACUUCUUCACUUUCCUGAAGAACGUGAACGACGUGGACACAGCGCUGAGUUUCUACCACAUGGCCGGAGCCUCCAUAGAUAAAGUGACCAUGAAGCAGGUGGCGCGCACCGUGGCCAAAGUGGAGCUGUCUGAUCACGUGUGUGACGUUGUGUUCGCUCUGUUCGACUGUGACGGGAACGGCGAGCUCAGCAACAAGGAGUUCAUCGCCAUCAUGAAGCAGCGUCUGAUGCGUGGGCUGGAGAAACCCAAAGACAUGGGCUUCACUCGUCUGAUCCGCGCCAUGUGGAAGUGCGCUCACACCGCCUGGGACUUUGCCGCGCCAAAGACGCAAUAGAGACGGGAGACGGGGCGUGGUGCUCGCAUCAUGGCGGGCGCCCUAACUAAA